UCCCAGAAAAUCACAAACAAAUCAUACUUUAUCCAUAACUAGAGUACUACACCUGUUGCUCCUUGAGAGUCGGUUACAAAUGCUGCAUUUUCACCAUUGUCUCUCACUGCACACGAACGUUUUGAAUAAUCCUUCUAUCUUCUUCUUCCUCACCCAUCCAAAUAUCUCUGUUUCAAGAAGAUGGAAUUUAUUCAACAAGAACAAAAGAAGAAGAAGAAGAAGAAACUUUCCUUUGGUUAAAGGUGUGGAAAAAGAUUCUGAAUUUGAAAUUGACCCAGAUAAAGCUCGUGAAGCUUUGAGAAAGCUUGAUGAACAGCUUCAGACCCUUUCUCAGAAACAAAUUGACCCUCCAAAGAUUAGGGCUACCGAUGUGACCCGUGCUAGCAGCCAAGUGACAGAAGACACUAGUGAUCCCGAAGGAUCCUUUUUGACUUCCUUAGCCUUCGGUCUCUUACUCUUCACUAUUUUCUACAAUAUACUCUUCACUACUGUAAUCAAACCAGCAGUUGAUGGACCAGAAACAGUUUCAGAAAUAGACUUAUAUGCUUCAAACUCUUGAAGCAGCACUGGUACAGCAGUUGUUAUGGAUAGACGGAGUUCAUAACGAGCUGUUAAAUAACAUUUUACUGAGGCAGAAAGGUUGAAGCAACUGUAUAAUGCUAUUUCAGCGUAAGCCAUAUUUCAAGAGGCGUGCUUUUCAUCUCAUGCACAAUAUUGUCUUGAUUUAGACAGCUAAUGAUGUAGAGUGAAAACUGGGCAACAGUUUUGCACCUUCUUUUUUGGCACUAGCUCAACAUCUUUCAACCUUGCCUUUAAAAAAUUUACAUUCUGUUGCUCACCUAUGCUGUAA